AUGGGGUCUGGUGAGAAAAUGAUAGCUAUGAUUGUUGCCUUGUCAAGAUCAGGAAAAUCAGUAUUGCAUUUAGAUGAAAAGAUGAAUUAUGGUGGAUUUGAUGGAUCAUUUUCAUUGGGUCAGUUAACUACACUUUUAGAAGAAUCAAAUACUGAAUUAUUAAAAGAAAAAAAAGAUUUAAUUCCACCCUAUUUUUCAAAUGUAAUAAUUAAAAACUAUGAACAAGAAAGAUUAGAUAAAGAAGAAAAAGAAAGAUUAGAAAAAGAAAGAUUAGAAAAAGAAAAUUUAGAGAAAAAGGAAACUGAAGAAAAUAAAGAAGAAAUCGAAAAUAAAGAAGAUAGUGAAAAUAAAGAGGGUGAGGAAAAUAAAGAAGAGGUCGAAAUUAAAGUUGAUGAACCAUCACCAGUUGUUGUUAAAGAAAAAACAUUAAAUGAAUUAGGUAGAAUGUUUUCAAUUGAUAUCGCACCAACUUUAUUGUAUUCUCGUGGUGCAUUAGUCAAAUUAUUAAUUUCAUCAUCAGCUUCAAAAUAUUUAGAAUUCAAAUCUUUGGACCAAAACUAUCUUUAUAUUAAUAAGAAGGUACACCCAAUUCCAUCAACAAAAGGUUCAAUUUUUAAAGAUAGUGCAUUUUCAUUAAAAGAGAAACGUUUAAUUAUGAAGUUUUUCGAAUCAAUCAAAGAUUUAAAGUCACCAGAGGAACCAGAGAAAUCUACUCAAUUGAUGAAUGAGCUUUCAAGCAAAUAUCAGUUAUUCAAAGAUUAUAUAAAGAGUUUCCAAUUUACAGAGCAAGUCGAAUCAUUUGUACUCUAUGGUGUUUCAUUAAUUCAUGAAAAUUUAGAUAGUCUCUCUUUAGUCGAUGGUAUUGAAUCAGUAUUCCUUUACACCUCAUCACUUUUAGUCUAUGGUCAAUCGCCAUUCCUUUUACCUUAUUAUGGUUGUGGUGAUAUCCCUCAAGCUUUUUGUAGACUCUGCGCUGUUUUUGGUGGUACUUAUGUUUUAGGUCGUACUAUUAAUACUAUUCAAUACAAAGAUAACGAUCAUUCAAAUCCUAUUGAAUCUGUAAUUUGUUCAGAAGGUCAAACCAUUAAAACCAAAUACCUCGUUUCUUCACCAAAAUAUUUAAAUAAUAGUUUAUUAACUUCAACUACAAUUAAUACAACCAAAAAAACUUACUCAAGAUUUAUUGGUAUUACUAAUUCCAGAAUUAAUGGUACUGAAGAACAAUCAUUCAUUACAAUUCCUCCAAAUUCAAUUAAUAAUAAUAAAAAUGUUAUAAAUAUUUUACAAUUUGCUUCAAUUUGUGUUCCAUAUAACAAAGGAAAGACACUUAUUCAAAUCACCACUUUAUCUACAGACAAUUCAAAAGCAGAAGACGAUCUCAAAGAGUGUGUUAAUGUUAUAAUACCCAAUCAAGAAGAGUUACUUUGGAGCUCAUUUUUUAAUUUUACAGUUGAAAAUGUUGAUGAUUCAAAUAAUAAUUUAAAUAAUAAUAAUAUUUUGGUUUGUUCAGACUCACCAUUAAAUGCAACUAUCGAUUAUGAAUAUCAUAUCAGCCAAGUUAAAAAACUUUUUGAAAUCAUAUCGCCAAACACUCCGUUUUUAGAGAAGGUGCCAGAUUCUGAAGAUGUAAUUUGGGGUGUUGAAGAAAUUAGUAAUGAUACACCAAUUCAAAAUGAUAAAGAAAUUAGUAGCGGGGAAUUAGAAUCAACAAAUGAAGCAGCAGAAAUAGAAACAUUAUCAACAUCAACAACAUACUCUACAACCACUACCACUACCACUACAACCACUACAGAAAAUAAUAUUUAAAAUUAAAUUAAUAUUAUUUUUAUUUUUUUUAAAAAAAUUCACAAUGUUAUUUUUCAUUCUUCUAUAGUUAUAAAUAGAUCAAUGGGGUAUAUCUCAAUAUGGGGAUUGUGUAUUUUUUAUUAAGUAACUUAAAAAUAAAAAUAAAUAAAUAAAUAAAUAAAU